GGAAAUGUUGCCUCUUCCAAUGAAAUUUUCCCAUCUCUAUCUCACGCUGGCCUGUCGCAGCUCACCUCUGAAGUCAUGUAUGUUAAGUUUUAGGUUUUAUUCUCCAUAUCACACGGUCAAAGCGUCAAUGCCUCAGCAGACCUUGAACCCGAGGGAAGACACCUGUGUCAACCAUGAGACACACUAGAGGCUGAGCGACACAACUACAUUUACACACGUUGAAAAUACUUCCUUCAGUUGAAACAGUUACACCUGACCAUGGCUGUAACUGCAGCUAAGGCAGCUACAAGUUUUCUCUCCACAACCACCACGACCACCGCAAUCCCCUUCCUCUCGACGGUUUCGAGCGCCAGAGACAAUGUCACCUCCAGAACAACAUUAAUGACUGUUACUAUAACGACAAACGAGACCAGCUUCAAUGCCACCACGUUUCCAGAGGCGGUGAUCGAAGGCUCGGGAAUGGGAAUGGUGCUCCUACCUUUUGGCAUCAUCACUGUCAUUGGCUUAGCAGUGGCAAUUAUGCUGUAUAUUCGGAAACGGAAACGGUUGGAGAAGCUGAGGCACCAACUCAUGCCCAUGUACAACUUUGACCCGGCUGAAGAACAAGAUGACCUGCUGGAACAGGAACUACUGGACCACGGCCGGGAAGGCAGCCUCACAGGUCCCAAUGCCAAGACUUUAACAACCUCCCAGGGGACUACGCAGAGGCCCAGUCGUUUGGUCUUUACAGAUGUAGCCAAAGCUCUUAACGCUUAACAGCUCUCUCCAUUAGUUGAUUUCAGUUUGCAGUGGCCACUGUCCCUUAUCGAGUUAACAGACUGUCACUCAGGAAGGAAAACAAAGGGACACCUGGACUGUUUUGGGGAACAACUGGAGCUUUGAUGAAAUUUUCAUCACUAGGACACAGUAUGUGACAUGGCAGUCAUGAAAAAAACAAAAAAAACGUAGGGUGCAUGUAUGAUAAGGGAGCAUCACAUAUGAUCUUGCACUGUUAUCAUGUGGUGCGCAAAUGCAGUGUGGUGCACUUUCAUUGCAUCAUGUUGUGUCAUUGCUGUUAAAAUGUUUGGUAGCUUGUCAGUGAAGUUCUUCUGAGCUUCAAUAUCUACUUCCAUGUUUGAUAUGAGAGAAGUGUAAGUUUGUGUAAUACUGAUUUUGUGGUCUUACAUGUCUGACAAGCUUGAACACUGGAUGUGUUACCCUCCUUAAGUGAACUGUCCCUCCUUAUUUUGUUUCUUCUCUAUUGAACAAUGAAGAAUUGUUUCUGUCUGCAUACAUUAAAACUAUUUAAACCAA